GGGAGAGAGAGCAGCCGGCCGCUGGGCCCCGCCGCCAGCUCGCCAGACGACGAGGACGACGACGAGGAGGAGGAAGAAGCGGAGAGGAAGGAGGAGGAUGGAGGAUAAGAAGGAGGAAGGCGAAUCCGAGAUCCAGGAGCACGGGCCCGAGCAUUGGUUCACCAAGUGGGAGCGGCAGUGCCUGGCCGAGGCCGAGCAGGAGGAGCAGCUGCCCCCGGAGCUGCAGGAGGAGGCGGCCGCCGCGCAGCCCGAGCACAAGCAGCAGAAGCUGUGGCACCUCUUCCAGAACUCGGCCACCGCCGUGGCCCAGCUCUACAAAGAUCGAGUAUGUCAACAGCAAGGACUUUCCCUCUGGGUUCCCUUCCAAAAUGCAGCCACUGCCGUUACCAACCUCUACAAAGAAAGUGUGGAUGCCCAUCAACGGAGUUUUGAUCUAGGAAUUCAAAUUGGCUACCAGCGUCGCAAUAAGGAUGUGUUAGCAUGGGUUAAAAAACGCCGAAGAACUAUUCGUAGAGAAGACUUGAUCAGCUUCCUCUGUGGAAAAGUUCCUCCUCCACGAAACUCUAGAGCUCCCCCAAGACUAACUGUAGUAUCCCCUAACCGAGCUACUUCAACAGAAACUAGCUCAUCUGUAGAGACUGAUUUGCAACCCUUCCGUGAAGCCAUAGCUCUGCAUGGUCUUAGUGGCGCAAUGGCUAGUAUAAGCGUUCGUUCAAGUACUCCAGGCUCUCCUACUCAUGUAAGCAGUGGAUCGAAUGCUAGUCGAAGGAGAAAUGGACUCCAUGAUGUGGAUUUGAACACUUUCAUAUCAGAAGAAAUGGCACUCCACUUGGACAAUGGUGGAACUAGAAAGCGUACCUCAGCCCAAUGUGGCGAUGUCAUUACAGACUCACCAACUCAUAAACGCAACAGAAUGAUCUAAACUGCAAAAUUUUCAAACCCACCAUGCUGCUUGAAAGCCACUUGAUCCUCAACAUACUAUUGAAAAGGAAACAUGAGGCCAUCUUCCCUUGUUCACUGUUUAAGACAAGUGAAUUCAAUAAUGAUUGCCAUAAAGGAAGUUUUAGGUAUUACAGUAGAUGCCUCUUGUAACUAUGGCUUUCUUAAACUAUAAUCCUAGCAGAGGACAUCAGAUAUUGUGUAGUAGUUAGCAAGAUCAUCAUAGGCAAACAUGUAUCCGUUCCAAGGCUAAAAGUGACCUUACUUGUAUUCUUAAAGGGAAAGGAAAUAUCAGAUGUUUAUUUGGUUAUAGAAUGCUUUUUUGUCCUUUAUUUCCUGCUGUGUUGAGUAUUUUGCUUCAACAGUAUUUGCCAGUUGACUGAAAUUGUCUAAAACAUGACUUGGCAUCUUUGUCAAAUCUGCAGGCUUCCAUUUUCGCAGCACUGUACCAUGCACCUAGUUUCUAUAUAGUAACAGUGUGCAAGUUAUAAAUAUUGGACUGUGCCCUUUUUAGUUUUAAAAGCAGUUGAUAAUUCUGGUGAUUGUGUGAUAAUGUAAAGAGGUGCUAUGAUGGUCAUGCAAUUAAUACUUAAUAUUGAAUCAAUACAAGGAUCUUUAUUGGAUUCACUUUGUGUGUUUUAGUGCUCUAAAAGUAGCAAUAUUAAACUUUUCCCCAAUUAACCUCAUAGACUUAAAAAUUUUCAGUUUUGAAAUGAUAUAAUGUACUUAUUUACAUGCCGGUACUGUCCUUGUGGUAAGUGUAAGCACUGCAGACUGCACUCUUGAGUGACCUAAAUUUAGAGAGGUCGUGAAAAUUGAGAAUAGGCUUCCUUUUGGGUUCAGUAUUAGUGAAGGGGUAGGUAUCGUAUGCAACUAUAUAUCCAGUUUUACAUUUCUCAUGAAUGCCCAUGUUUGUGGCAGGUGUUAACUUUGGGCUGGGUGGAGGGUAAAGGUAUGUAUUUUGCCUGCUAAUGAACAAGAUAUGAUCACUGUUUAAAUAAAAAGGGGGGUGGGAGGGGAAACAAUUGGAAUAUCAUUCUUAAAAAAAGAUGGAAUCUUAUGCAGGUUCUGUAAUUGUUAGGUAGACCUAACCAAAAGUUCUUUCAAAUAGAAUUCUGGACAAAUGUAAGACCUCUUAAUAGCUACAAUGUUUUGAAGCAUGUUUUCUCUUCAUCUUCUAAUAUCUUGAACCAAAUAUAGUGUUCUUUAGAUGAAGAACUUAAUGUAAGCCUGCCAGUCACUAUAACUUACUAAAUGGCAUUCUUACAUCAUGUAGGACAAAGAUAAGAGUGUUUCCUUGCCCAUUAUCAGUUAUUUCCUGUUUCUGUCUCAAGACCAUUACAAAUCAAUGUAGGGAUUUUCCAAUAAUUAAUUAUAGCAUUUAGCUAAAGUUUGUUGUUUAUUGAACCACUUUAUAGUCUUGUGAAGACUUAAAUGAAAUUUGGAUAAAUUUGACCCAUAAUACUCAUUGGCCUGAUAGGAUGUGAAUGGAAUUUUGAAAGUUUGGAAUGAAUUGAAAUUCUGGGCUCCUUUUUUGAUUUUAUUUUUUCAUACUUGAGCUUGAAAUGAAAAUCCAUCCUAAGACAAAAAUUUAGGCAUGAUUUUUUAAAUCAUCCAUUUUUGCAGAAUAUGUGUGUACACACACACACACACACACAUAGACACACACUCACUCUCACUCAUUCAGAGGUAUAUAACACAGUCUCUCAUAGCCUCUUGUAAGGAAAACAGCUGCAGGUGAAAUUAUAGUGCUCUGUCAUAUUUAACCUGAAACGGAAAAUGCCUAUGUAUUAUGAACACUUUUCCCAGCCUUCCACUUAAUAAUAAUGCACCAAGAAAUGCAUCUAGGAUCAUCUUUGUUUUUCUAUUGCUUGUAAAUUGAAUGCUGAAGUUGGGGUGUAUUGAUGUGAUGCUAAGAGUGGAUGGCGCUCCUAUGCCUAAGUGAGCUUGAGGUAGUGGAACACGUUGAUUUAAUCCAUCCCUUAUGUACUAGCUCCUCUUUUCCAAGUUGAAUAACAAUUCUUUUUUUUUGUUUUAAGUUGGUGCUCUGAACCUUAGUCCUAGUACCCUUUACACUAAAUUGUCAAAUUUUGAUAAACUUGUGCCAUUUUCUUUGGUAAGAGAAAAGCAGGUCUUAAUGUCUGCCAGAACACAAUUUAUAAGCCUGACAGGCUCCAUUAAACUUUUUUAAACUUUAAUAUUGGCUACUUUUUUCAAUUUUAUUUAAUCUCAAUGCUACUUGCCACUUAAAGUACUUCCUUUCCCUUUUCCUACUCCCAUGCCCCAGUCCUUACAUUUGCUACCCAUAUACAAAAUAAACCUUUAAGAUGCAUGUAUUCCCCAGCAGAAUGGGGAAUAAUUUCUUAAAAGGAAAAAUAGGUCCAGCACUUAGGAUUUUGAAGCCUUUCUUGUGCCAGUUUCAAAACAAAUCAUGGAAGAUUGCCUUUGUGUGUGUUAUUUUGUGUUUUUUCUUUCCUUUUUUUUUUUUUUUUUUUUUUUUUUUUUUUUUUUUUUUGGAAAAAUUACUCUUAAAAGACACUUUUGGUCUUUUAAGAACAAUGUACAUUGAACUGAAAACAUAGUUUAAGUUGGGAAACCAAAACCUCUUAACCUUGUUUAUCCUUUGGUCCUUUAACUUCCACAGCUGAUCAGUUCUAUUUCCAUGUAGGCAGACCUAAUUUGACAUGAGUGGGUUCAAUACAUUUUACACUGCAGUGACCUGAGCUUGACUAAAGUAUUAAAAACUUAAAAAAUCAUCAUAUACAAGAUAUAAAACAAAAUUAAUGGAAAAUGCAUUUGGCUGAAUUUAUAAAGUCCUGCAGUCAAAUUCUUAAAUGUGGUUUACCCAACUGAAGUAAUAUACACCUUAAAUCAUAAUCCUAAUAAAUAUUUAAAAAAAAAAAACAUCAACACUGGGGCUUGUUUGUAAUUUGUUUUGGGUCAUCAUAACCUGGAUCACUGCUUGGUAUAAACAGAGUUAAAAUUCCUAAAGGAACCAAAGUCUACUAAGUUUGCCAGGCUCAUAGAAUUCACUGAUUUGAAGUUGUUGCUGAUUUUUAUGCUUAAAUUUGCAGAUUCAAGGUGUGUAAUUUUGAAUCUCUAAAGGCCAAAGAGCUAUGGAAUUUUUAAGGUGCUAUUUUAUUGGGAUAAGUAAAAGAGAUAGGUAAGGUUUAAUUUGAAGAUUUAGUGAACUUUAUAGUGUGGUAAAAGUGAAAAUGUCAUGAAAUUACUUUGAUUUUUUUUGAGGGAAGAUAACUUACUUUAGAAAAUCAGUAAAAAGAAAGUGGUUAGAGGUUUGAUAUUGAACACAGUUGAGAGGUCACUAUGAUAGGAGAAGUAGGCAAAGCCUGGCCUGAGAAUUAAAAAUUAAUCAGCUUCAUUAUGUAUUAAAAGUGAAAAUGCCAAGAAAUUGUUCAUUUUGGAUCUAAACAGCAGCCUUAAGUUUGGAAAAUUAUACGAACAGGAAGUUGACAUUUGGCAUUUAAUACACUUGAGUACAAGCUUUUUAAAUAGUUACAUUUGAAGUUAACACAUUAUCAAUUUUCAUUGGCUUUUUUUGUGGGGAUAAUAAUUAUCUCUGGCCUUAAUCUAAUAAUUUGCCCAAGGUCACACAGUGUUUCCUGUUGACAGAGAUGAAAACUUAGGUUUUCUAACAUUUCCUAUUUCUUUUUCCUUUGCUAAUGCUGCCUCUAUAAUGGUUUGUUACUUAACCAGUUACAUCUGGCAGUUGCAACUUGUUCCCAUUUCCAUUGCCUCCCCUCCCAAAUCCAGAGGCAAUUUCUUAGUCUAUGGAAAUAUUUCUACCAGGGGCAAUUUCUUAAAGUCUAUGGAGAUGCUCCCUAACUUUUUGGCAGUGGUAGGGAUGAUGAAUUCCUUUGCCAAACUUAAAGAAAAUAGAUUUUCUUUAAAUAGCAAGCUCCCUUAGUAUAGAGAUGUUAAAUGAAUGUAGUCUGAACCAGAUUAAAAUGUAAUUGAGAUGUCUAAAUAAAUAAAAAUAAAAUAUAAUGUAGAUAAUGUUAAUUUGUGGUUUUCUAAGCCUAUCUACCAGUUACAGGAAACCUUAUGUAAGUUUGCCAUCAUUGCCCUAAUGUGUGUGUAUGUGUGUGUGUGUGCUUGCGUGUGUUUUUUUUUCUUAAUUGCACAAUUUGAGGCAUAUAUAUAUACAUAUAUAUAUUGCUAGGUAAUAUACAAUUGGAUCCCAAUUACUGAUGUCAAAUCAUUUUAUGCACAUUUGAUAACAAUAGUAGAACUUUCCAUGCUCCCCAUUUUUGAGGUGAUAAUGAGAGGGUCUGUUAAAAUCGAGGAAGUAAGAAGACAAAGUUUGUCUUCUACUUCUAGUGCUUCCCUCAUUGUAUCGUGCACCUCUUUCUCCAAAACAUUCUACUUAGGUUUGUCCUUACCUUAAACUCUGCUUCUCUUCCUCUGCUACCCUCUCAUGUAAAAUUCUUUCCUAUUAAAACAUAGUAUGAGUUUCUACUAUUUAUUUGGGUUUUAGACAAGCUGAUUAGUUCAUAGCAAGGUAUUAAUUACUACUUGGCUGUGAAGGGGGUAUUUGCCUUAAAAGAUAAAUUUGUCAAAGGUUAUCUUGUACAAUUUCUUCAUUUUCAGAAGUGACUGCUAGCGAAAGUUAACAGCAAGUCAGUGACAAAGCCAAGACUCCAAAGCCAAGACACUAGAACCAGUGUUUAUUCUAGUUUGGGUCUAGUGUUCACUCUAUAUUAUACUGCUUUUGUUAACUCAAAUUGUUAGUUGUGAGGGAAACUGGUAUUUUGAUACCCAUUUCUGACUUUGGGCAUAAUAAAGAGGAAAGAACACUGGUUCUGGAGUCAGAGACCUUGGGUUUACAAUCUCUUCUGAUGUUUAAUACUUAUUUGACUUUGUACAAGUUUACCCAACCUUUUUGGGCCUUGGUUUCUUCAUUUGUAAAAUGACAUGGUUGAACUAGCCUGUGAAGUUCUUUUCUAGCCCUACAUCUAUGAUCCUAUGAUAUUCUAAAUAUCUUUGUCACUGUGCUUUGUGGAACAGGAUGAACAGAUGUAUUGAAGGUGGGUUGGAGUGGUGAUGGUGGAGCGUUUUCCAAAGAAAAGCUAUUUUCUCUCUGGUCUUGUAGGGGUCAGCCUUAGAACCCCUUUAAUACUUCUAGUGUUCCCAUAUAUGCUAAAUGUAUGCCUGCUAAUAGGAGAACAUCUGUAACUGGAGGCAUUGUUUCAAGUUGCACUUUUUUAGGACUCUAUCCUCUGUGAGAGUUUGUUGUAAUAAGUAAAUGCACAGUACUGUAACUUAAUAAAUGUGGUUAAUUUGGAAAAUGAA